AUGGCGGCGGCCAGGUGCUGGAGGCUUGUGCCCCGCCGUCGGGGGCUGUCAUUGCACACAGCUCCAGAAACGGGCUGUGCAGAUGUCGCGGCAGCCCCCGGGGCCCGGUACCCGCCGAUUGUGGCUUCCCUGACAGCCAAAAAGGCGGCACGGCAGCGGCGGGUGGAGCGCUGGCAGGCGGCGGUGCACGCGGCCCCGUCGGUGGACGAGAAGCUGCGAAUUCUCACCAAGAUGCAGUUCAUGAAGUACGUGGUGUACCCGCAGACCUUCGCCCUGAACGCUGACCGCUGGUACCAGGGCUUCACCAAGACGGUGUUCCUGUCCGGCCUGCCGGCCCCGGCCGCCGUGCCCGUGCCCGCGCCCGGCCUGGACAUGGCGGCCCUGCGCGCCGCGGCCUGCGACUGCCUGCUGCAGGAGCGCUUGUACCUGCGGCGCCCGCGGCGCCCGCCCCUCCUGCAGGAGCGCGAGGCCCUCGCCUCGCCUUUCCUGGAUCAGCUGGUGGCGGCGCUCACGAGCCUGCUCGGCCCGCUCAACCCGGUCCUGGCGACCGCCGCGCUCGAUUGUAAGCGCCCAGUUCACUUUUACUGGUUGCGUGGUGAAGAAAUUAUUCCUGCUGGUCAUCGAAAAGGUCGAAUUGAUGCUUUGAGAUACCAAAUAAAUGACAAACCACACAACCAGAUUCGAAUAUCCAAGCAACUCCCAGAAUUCGUGCCAUUGGAAUAUUCUGUUCCUACAGAAAUCCCUGUUAUGAAAUGUAAACCAGACAAGCUUCCAUUGUUCAAACGGCAAUAUGAAAACACCAUAUUUACUGGCUCAAAAACAGCAGAUCCAUGCUGUUAUGGUCACACCCAGUUUCAUCUAUUACCGGACAAAUUAAAAAGGGAAAGACUUUUGAAACAAAACUGUGCUGACCAGAUAGAAGUUAUUUUUAGAGCUAACGCUAUUGCAAGUCUUUUUGCUUGGACUGGAGCACAAGCUAUGUAUCAAGGAUUCUGGAGUGAAGCAGAUGUUACUCGACCUUUUGUUUCCCAGGGUGUGAUCACAGAUGGAAAAUAUUUUUCCUUUUUCUGUUACCAGUUAAAUACUUUGGCACUGACUGUACAUGCUGAUCAAAAUAACCCUCGUAAAAAUAUAUGUUGGGGGACACAAAGUAAGCCUCUUUAUGAGACAGUCGAGGAUAAUGAUGUAAAAGGUUUUAAUGAUGAUGUUCUACUUCAGAUAGUUCAGUUUCUACUGAAUAAACCAAAAGAAGACAAAUCACAGCUUUUGGAAAAUGAAGAGAAAAAACAUCUGAUUCAGGACUUUGAGAAUAUUUAAAUUUCACUGAAGAAACAGUAAAAAGAACUUUAAAAAUGCCACUUGUAAC